AUGGCGGUAAAAGCAAGCCCGGCGAAAGCAAAAGCGGCCAAAGCCAAAGCCACCCCGAAAAAUGCUGCUUCCCCGGCCGGCGCUAUCUCGCGAACAGCCACGCCACGGGGCGCACCGAAAGCCCAUGCAGACCCCCCCGAGCUGCCCCAGAGCCCGGCAAGGAACAAAGCGCCCGCACCGAGCUCUGGCGAAGCCGAGGCGUCUGAGCCAGCCCAGACCUGCCCAUCUUGCGGCAACGUUUACCUGGGCGGCUCGCGCUACUGCCGGAAGUGCGGCGACAAGCGCGAUGAGGAGCCAAAGGCUCCCGACUUGAAGGGGGAGUACGGUAACCUGGCAUUGCUCUUCCUGCUGUACACGUUGCAGGGCAUUCCUAUGGGACUGGGACAGGUUUUCCCCAUGAUUCUCAAGGAGUAUGGCGCGUCCUACGCGGACCUCGGAGUUUUCUCCUUGCAGUCUUGGCCCUUUGUGCUGAAGUUGCUGUGGGCUCCGCUGGUCGACUCCGUCUACUUCCGGAGGGUCGGCAGGCGUAAGACGUGGAUGGUGCCGUCCCAGAUGCUUAUCGGCCUCCUGAUGCUCUACACGGCAACACAGCUGGAGUCCCUCAUUGGAGUUGGAGGUGGGAAGCCGGCCAUCAACUCGCUCACGGGCCUCUUUCUAGCCAUGAACUUCCUCUGCGCCACGCAGGACAUCGCUGUGGAUGGCUGGGCACUGACAAUGCUUCGAAAGGAGAAUGCCAACUACCAGGCAACCUGCAAUGCGGCGGGGCAGACCUUCGGAUACGCCUUGGGAUUUACAGGCUUCACAGUGCUGGAUCACUUCAAGCUCCUCUCGCUGUCCAGCUUCCUGUUUGGCAAUGGCCUGUUCUUCCUGGCCGUGACCUUGCUGGUGGCCCUUGGAAAGACCGAGAAGCCAUUGCCGCCUGAGGAGGAGCCCGAGGGUAUCCUAGAGUCCUACACGCAGAUGCUUCGUAUGGUUGAGCUGAAGCAUGUGCGCAAUCUCUUCGUGGUCCUGGUGACCUGGAAGGCGCCUUUCGCAGUCUGCGAGAGCGUGGCGCCGCUGAAGUUUCAGGAGUAUGGCAUUCCAAAGGAGCACAUCGCGUAUGUCACCUCCCUGCUGAUGCCCCUCUACAUCCUGCUUCCUCUUGUGGCCUCAGGGUGGACUGGGGGGUCGAACCCGCUGAAGCUGGCCAUCACUGUGUACCCUCUCAGGGUUCUCACCGGCCCGGCCACCGCCUUUCUGGCCUUCUACACGCCAGCCUCGGUGUCGCCGAUUCCUUGGGUCUUCUACACCCUCUUGGUGCUCGUCAUCGCAGGUUUGAUGUUUGGCGUAGUGCACUUCUGCGCCCACCUCCGCCUGAAGUGA